GCUGGCAAACAGCUGUUCGCCGGCUCAUUACGUGAUUUCUUGUUUUGUAAAAAUUACAAAAGUUCAGUGAAAAUGAAUCAAGCGGAUGUAACCAAGCUGAUGUCGCAGCUGCGUAUCGCAGUUAGGCCGAAUAAACGUAACUUAAGGAACCCGGACGGUCCGGAAGGGCGACUGCUGAAGCUGCGCAAGACCGUCACGGCGUUGGUGAAACACGAGCGCAUUGAACUCUUCUACAAUCGAGCGGAUGAGGCUCGUGGAUACGCAGAGCUGCUCAUCUCGAAUGCCAUACGGUACGGGGACCGACACAAAGCCACCAUGGAACUGGCUGAUUAUUGGCUGCUGGAGAAACAGCUUGUGCACAAGCUCUUCAAAGUACUAGUGCCGCGCUAUGAAAACCACAAUUUGUCCUACACUCGCAUGUACAAGGCCCCCAGAGAUUAUCCUGGCAUUUACUACAGACAGUCAGUGCUAGAGCUCAGGGGCAAUCCAUACCCCACGCUCGCGACGGAUCACUCACAGAAUAGGAAUCUGCUGCACAAUGUACUCCUCGACGAGGCAAGAAAAGAGUUCAGGCGUAACAAACUGGCCGAUUUGGUCAACAGCAGUCAAUAGUCUGCGCUCGUCGCCUUAAAUACAUUUAAGACUUAAAACCCGUUUGAUUAUAAAUGUUUGUAUAGACCAAAAUCGAAUGGCCAA